GCCGUGCUGCCGGCAAUGACGGGAUGCCCCCGGAUGUCCUGCACUUCUGCGCCAGUCAGCUUUCUGACGCGAUCUAUCCGUCGGUGGCCGAAGGGGCUUUCCUGUUCAACUUGCUGCACAGGCAUUCCACCGAGUUGCUCGUCCUCUCGUCCACGGUGGUGAUCUUAGUGAUGAACACCUCGCCAGUGUCAUCAGUUCAUUUGGUCUUCCUCACGACCAUCUUCAUCGGCUACGCGAAUAUGUCCAGGCUGAGUCCCUGCUCGUUUCCGCCGGAAUUCCAGGCAGACUCGUGGCUAACGAUCGGGGAGGGCUUAGCCGUUGUCGAAUCCGGGACACGUCCCGGCGACGCGCUCGCCGACGUAGUAUUUGCCUUCCUCUUCUCCUCAGUCCUUCAAAAGGUCAGGCAGGCCAUUUUCGCAGCAGGAUACGAGGUUGUUCUUCUCUGGGCUGCCUCGUGGUUCCGUCAGCUUUCGACGCUGGGCUGCCCUGACGGCACUCUUGCACCCAUAGACGUAGCAUGGAUGGACGACCUAGUCAUCCUUCUCUCUUCGUCCACCCCUGAGGGCGCACUUGCUGCGACCAAGGGUGCUGCAACAGCUCUGAUUGAUGAGUGCCUCAAGGCAUUGCUUCACCCCAACCAAGUCAGAAGCCCUACUUACCCUUGUUGGUAA